CACGGAGCGAAAAAACAGUCGGACACGGCGUGGGAAGGACUCGUAAACAAAACUUCGGUCGAGUAACAUCAGCUCGGUUUUUAUACUACAAACGAAGCUAAAUAUAAUUAAGAAAUUCAUCACAGACACACAAGAUGUUGAAGUUCUUCGGGUUCAAGAAUGAUGGUGCCAAAAAAUCCUCCGAGAGAGAAACCGAUGGGUUUGUCAUCAUUGGUGAAACUGUUGAGGAGCAGAGACAAAAGAUACAGUCCAUGAACAUUGAGCAGCCUGCAACAAAUGUAAUAGUACAACCAUCUAAGCCAUCCAGUGCCGGGAACAGAGGAAAUGCAGAGACGCCUCGGCCUACCUCCCAGCCCACGUCUGCCAGGACGUCGUCAGAAACGCCCGCCGUAGACGCCGCCCCAGCCCUCCCCGAGCUCCUAGGAGACAUACCUUUCACUUUAGCGCCACACAUCGUGGCCAUGCAGGCGGGCCUGCCCUUCGUAACGGAUAUCACCCUGCCUCACGACAUAAAUGACAAACUAGCCCACUUUCGUUACGACUUCACCUUGGAGAACUCCGUGCUUUGUGAGCCGUGACUCUUUGCCCGUCGGUUAUAUCUCGAAGCGCGCGGUGAACUACGACCCUUGGGCUGUCAGGAUUCUCUUUAACCGUUUGCCUCUUAAACAAACCAAGAUCUAGUUUAGCUGAGAAAAAAUCAGUGGCUUACUGAAGGGUGUUGGGCUCAACCGAACAUAACGUCCUUUUUAGUUAGCAUCAAGGUGGUUUACCACCUCUCAGGAUCUUGCGCUUGAUUGUGGGAUGAGCGUUACUGCCACGUUUUAGCGCAGUAGACAAGUAUUUAUAAGACGACACGCCACUUUACAUUUUUCAAAUGUAGUUCAAAUUUUUACGGGUGUAAAAUCUGUAGCAUAAGAUGAUAUGCUAAGCUGAAAUAAGGUUGUUCUGUGUUGGCCUUCCUUUAGUUUUUUCUUACUUUUGCAAAGACUCACUGCAAUCGGUUUUAAGAUCAUUGACCGAAAGUAGUUAUAUAGUAAUCUAUCUCUCCAUGAUCUUUACACAAGUAAGAUGAAUAAUUCAGUAAUAGAAGUAUUUAAUUCAAAUACAAGUUAUAUUUAAAUAUGUUUAUAUAGUCCGCUAUUUACAGUAACUCUUCAUUUAGUACCUAUAAACCUUAAAGGGGAAGCCAAAACACUUCCUGUCUGCUAUUAGUCAGUCAGAUAAAUAGUCCCGCUCUAAACUGUUGCUAUUGGUUGAGUCAAAUGGUUAGUUGGGAUGUGCAAAACGGAACAAUGACGUAGUUUUGCACUUUUCAGGGGAAUCGGGAUACAAUAUAGCUUACUUGGAGUUGUCUCUGUAUAUUACUUUGGGAUAUAAAGUAUUUUUACAUCACGUAUCACUUUAAGUUACUUAUAAAUGGAUUGCACUUAAAAUCAUGAGACAUCGUACAUAGGCCAAUAUUACAUCUCUUUGUUUGUAAAAGUGUGCUUUUUUUUCAGUUCGUGUGAAUAUGCAUACCUCGAAUGGUGGUGUUUGGUUUUAAUGCAUGACAUUUUUAGGGUUCUGCCUGAACGUGACACACCCCAUUUUGGGAGGCAGAUAUGUAUUUUGAACAAAGUUUGAUUGCAAAAACAUGCACAUGGGUUUUAGUAGGAUUUACUGUUCUGUUUGAGUAGGCCACGCAGUUGUCAAACUGUUUCUUUCAUCUGAAUUUCGGUUAAUGAAUGGGUUUUAUUUUAGUGCGUGCUGCUAUUCAAUGCACUCAGGAGUUUAGCUGUGUCUCCUUCACAUCCUCUGUACUUUACUUGAUAUCACUUCAUUUAUCAUUUUUGUUCAUUAAAAAAAAGUCUAUUUGAUUAGUCUUUGUUUUGAUGUGUCUGUCAUCUAAGCUUCCUCCUAUGUAUCAGACUCAAUGUACUGAAGUAAUCAAAAUUGUGUUGUGUCUGCUCUAUAAAAAUGUCUAUAAAAUAAUUUAAUGCCACUUCUUUAGGUAAAUCAACUUAGAUACGUUGUUGGAUUCUUUACUGAUUCAUAUCUGGAACAGAAUUCAUUGAUUCUGAUCCCACAUGAUGUUUAUGUUUAAUUCUGAGCAUGUAAUAUGGUGUUGUUUCAUUAAAAUAUUGUUUGAUAACUUU